UUUUCCCCAUUUCAAUUGUAUUUGUAUUGAAAUGUUCUUGUUCAUUUUGAUUUGAGUUUUAAUCAAAUAAUUCAAUGUCUCAUAUAUUUAAGUGUAAUGGUUUUGAAGUGUGAAGUGGAUAAAUGUAGUUUAAAGAUAGACAAGUGGUUUUGUUUUCGUUUUCAACAUGAGCUCGACGAGCGUUAAUAUAGCAGACAUUUGUCGAACAUGUUUAGCUGCAGAUUCCGUGUUGUAUCCGAUAUUUGAAACGCAUGUAGACAACCUGAGAGAUGGAGUCGUCACUCUGGAACAGGCAAUAACGGCAGUAACUGGAAUAAAGUUUGAGAGAAACGAAGGAUAUCCAGAUAAAAUAUGUCAAAACUGUAAAGAUGCUGCUGACAAAGCUUUCACAUUUAAAAAGAAGUCAUGGGAUGCAGAUGUAUAUAUAAGCGAUUUGUUAAAAAAAGAAAAUGCAGAAGUUAAGAAUGAAAAAAAGGAUGAUGUUGUUGUGAAGGUGGAAUUGAAUGAUGCAGGUGAUGAUAUUAACAACAGACUUGUGGAAUCUGACAAUGCUAGUGUUAAAACAGAAGGUGUCAAUACUGUGAACAUAGAACCGAUUGAGAGUUACACAGUUAGUGUGACAUCAGAUAAUUUACAACCUUCACCAGAUGUAGAAAACUUGACAGUGAAAUCAGAUGCUUGUCAAACAUUUUGUCCUCUGUGCCGAGUUACCUAUAGUGAUGUAGACGGUCUCACAAAGCAUAUGUGGGAAAUGCACACUGAGAUCAUGGGCCCCAAGAAGAGAGGCAGACCAAAGAAGAUCAGUACAGAAUUUGUAUUAAAAAAAUUACUGGAAAGAGGACUUUUGAAGCCGAAACCGGAAAACCCAUACGGAUGUACGUUUUGCAAUAAUAAUUGCGUAAACGAAGAAGAAUUGAUAUACCAUAUCUCUACGCAUACAGAAAAUGUUUACUAUUGCUGUGUCUGCAAGAAGAAAUAUAUGAGCAAGAAUUAUUAUGAUACACAUUUAUGUUCGGAAGAGAAAAUGGAAUCGGAUAUUAAUGCUAGUGAGUCAUCUUCAAGGCAGGCUACGAAAGAACAAGACACUUUCCUUUAUGUAACAACUCUUGAUGUGAUGCAAAGCAGAAGUACUGAAAAGGGUGAGUGUGCACUAUGGCGUCGGUGCAAGCAUUGCAGCGUGGUGACGUCAACACCCAAGGAACUCGCUGACCACAUCGACACAAGACAUCCAUACCAUUCGCUUAAAUGCAAGGAUUGCGAUAAGGUAUUUCAAACGUUAAGCGCUUCGCGUGCCCACCGAAUGCGUUGCGCGAACGUAGAGCGUACGUACAAGUGUCCGUCCUGUCCGCAACGGUUCACACGCGAGGUGUUUCUUAACAAACACAUACUGGGUCGCCACGUCGGCCAACAAGCAUCCGUAGACUUCCUAUCUACCCCCGCAGGCAGAAUCUACCAGUGCGAUACAUGCAAACAACACUUUCUCAAGAAGAGUUCACUGACAAAGCACAUGAAGCAUCACAACGCUGAAAAACCCUUCGAGUGUCAGAUAUGCAACAAACGGUUCCUCAGGAAUGACAAUCUGAAAUCUCACAUGCGUGUCCACGGUAUCGGGAACCGUAGUACAGCGACGUCGCUGUGUCUCUACUGCGGGAGAAGUUUCACAUGCUCCUCAAACUUCAUAGUACAUAUGCGUCGACAUACCGGAGAGAAACCAUAUAAAUGCGACUUUUGCGGCAAAGGAUUCCCGCGCUCAUCAGACCUCCAGUGUCACAGGAGAUCGCACACUGGUGAAAAGCCAUACAUUUGUCAGAUAUGCGAUAAAGCGUUCUCCCGCAGCAACAAACUGACGCGUCACAUGCGCGUGCACACCGGCGCUAGACCGUACAAGUGUACGUACUGUGAGAAAGCAUUCUCACAAAGUAACGACCUCAAUCUCCACGUGAGGCGACAUACCGGCGACAAGCCAUAUGUAUGCGAGAUAUGCGGCGAUAGAUUUAUACAGGGUACAGCGUUACAGAGCCACCGUCGCUCCCAAGGGCACUAUCCGGCGAAUUCCGGGGAAGUACCGCUGCCUCCCCUCCCAGUAGAUACCCCGGCUAGUGGGUCUAUCUAUAGAUAGCAUGAGGACUCAACUCCCCCCACGUGUCCACCACCCUGGGAGAGCCCUCGCACCCCCGAGGCAACUAUCACUUCGUUCGCAUUCUUCUCGCAAGUCGAGUCUUCUGAUUAAUUUUACUGUGUUAUUUUUGGAAGUUUUUAACUAAUAAUCUUCGAAAAUCCUACUAAUAUUAUAAAUGCGAAAGUUUAGAUGGAUGGAUGGAUGUUUG